UCGGUGGAGCAGAGGCAGCAGGAAGAAAGGAGGGAAUCUCACAAACGGACGGCGAUAAAACGGUGCCUCCCGCUGCUUCUUUAUGGCAGACGCGUAAUGAUCCGCUGCGUCAAAACCGCUGCGGCGGCGUCGACUGUGAAGCCCGCAUUGAAACCGGAUUGUAUAUCUGCUGAAGGAUGCAUGAGAGGCGCGGACCACCCACAGAAUCCACUGCGACGUCUUGGACAACUUAAACCCCGCUCAGCCUCCAUCCUGCCCGUGAUGAACGCUUGCGCAAUGCAGUAAAAAAAACAUGCCGUUGUGGGAUUAGAAAUCAGUGGUAAAUAUAUGCCCUGAUCAGGCUGCGUUCAGAUCCCUCACCCGUCUGCUCAGUGUAUGGUAGAUCCAUCCAUCUUCCAGACGGCUGCACAGUCUCUGUAGGGGAAACUUUGCCUGGUGGUUGGAGCUGCUCUCCAGAGCUACAGAUGAGAGGAAAACAAUACCAUCCACCUCUUAAGUUGACAGCGCCGUGGGAGAAGGAUGCUGGCUUUGGCAGGAAGCUCAAAACGUACAGGAAUCAUACCAAGAUAAUAGCACAGCCCGGGAUCGUGAUGAAAGUCCUGCGCAGGAAGAGGAUCGUCUUGUUCAUGGCCUAUUUCUUGCUGCUGGUGCUCACCAUGCUCAACUUGGCUAACUACAAAUGGACCAAAGAGCCACAGCAGUGCAACCAUCAGCUGAGGAGCACCACCUAUCAGAGCAGGUCUGACAUCCGCUUCCUCUACAGGCCCUCUCUGGCCAAGAAGAGACAGCUCAUCUACGUCCUGACCACCUGGAGGUCGGGCUCCUCAUUUUUCGGGGAGCUUUUCAACCAGAACCCUGAUGUGUUCUUCUUGUACGAGCCCAUGUGGCACAUCUGGCAGAAACUGUACCCAGGUGAUGCGGUGUCCUUACAGGGAGCAGCCAGGGACAUGCUCAGCUCCUUGUACCGCUGUGAUUUAUCAGUUUUCCAACUUUACAACAGCCCCGGGGGCAAGAAUUUUACCUCACUGGGACUAUUUGGAGCUACGCUCAACAAAGUUGUGUGCUCAUAUCCUCUCUGCUCGGCCUACAGGAAGGACAUGGUGGGCAUGGUGGAUGACAAGGUGUGUAAAAAGUGUCCUCCUCAGAGCCUGCGACUGUUGGAGGAGGAGUGCCUCAAGUACAGCACCAUCGUCAUCAAAGGGGUUCGCAUUUUGGAUGUUAACGUCUUGGCGCCCCUCAUGGAGGAUCCGUCUUUGGAUUUGAAGGUGAUACACUUAGUCAGAGACCCGCGGGCCGUAGCUAACUCCAGAAUCAAGUCCAGACACGGUCUGAUAAGGGAGAACCUUCAGGUGGUCCGCAGCCGGGACCCCAAACUUCGCCGCAUCCCUUUUGUAGAUCCGGGCCACAAAGCCAACAAGAAGGACGGCUCGGACUAUCACUCCAUAGGAGCCAUGGAGGUGAUCUGUGACCGCACCUCCAGGACUUUGAGGACUGCCUUGAACCCACCCAGCUGGCUGAAGGGGAAGUACAUGGCCGUGCGUUACGAGGACCUGGUGGAGAACCCAGUUAAGAUCUUACGAAACAUCUACCAGUUUGCCAACCUCACCCACAACCACGACAUUGAGUCCUUCGCGCUGAACAUGACCAGCGGCUCCAGCUCCUCCUCAAAGCCAUUCAUUGUCUCGUCCGGGAAUGCCACACAAGCUGCUAGCGCGUGGAGGACAGUGCUCAGCAUUCAGCAGAUCAAACAAGUGGAGGACUACUGUCACCACUCCAUGUCCGUACUGGGCUACGAGCGGGUCAGAACAGCCGGUGAGGCCAAAGACCUGAGUAAAUCACUGCUGGUUCACUCCAAACUGUGAGGCAGCGGCGCCACCAAAGACCUGUUUUAUUUAAUGUUUGUUUCUGCAUCCGGUGCCGUUUCUCUCACCUCUGAUUGUGGGAUUUAAGCUUUACUUUUGAUUCAGUGUGUGAGGAGCUACACUGGCUAACACAAGGAAUGUAUCAUGUUUCUCUCAGUUGACCUGCAGGGUUUACUUUUACUAUUUUUACAGGAUGGAUGUGGAUCUGGUCUGUAUGAGGUACAUUAGAACACGAUUUAUAAACUGUGAAGCUGCAACAAUGAAAAACAGACAAACAAACAGACAAACCAUGUACCUUGUCCCUGUAUCUUGUAAUUCACAAGUGGAUGUUUCUGGGGCUUAUUUUAUGAAUGUUCUUUUUCCAGUCUCCAUACUGUCUGUCCCAGUGAAAAAACAGUGGAUGAAAGAGAGCAGCCAAGCAAGCAAACAAACAACAAAGAAACAAAGAAAAGUCACUGUCGAUGUUCAUUUUUUAAAUCCGGGUGAAGUCACAGACAAUCAAUAAAUUGGUUUGUUAAUGUGCCAUAUAUGGUAGUGUGAUGAUUAGGCUUUUAUCAGAACAGGAUACAUGUGGCGUGUAGACUUGAAGACAACAAUGGAUGUUUUUGAUUUUUAUUUUGUCAUCAAAUUCUUGUGGGAUAAAAUCAUGCACUGUGGCUCUGGAGCUGCAUCUCUCUCUCUCUCUCUCUCUCUCUCUCUCUCAGUUACCAGUGUGUAACAUCAUCUGUUCUGCCAUUCCUAAUGUUUACAAUUGCUUGCUCUUGUGGGAAAAAAAGAACUAAAUGAUCUGAGAACACUGCAUUGAGUAAAGAUCACAGUGAACAACACAGACAAUGCAUUUGUGUCUGAGAAACAAAAGAAUCUGCACGGCAACCAAACAUCACAAGGUGAGGCCUCCUCAGAAAACUGCCAUUCUAACUGGUGUGAUGAAUUCAUUCUGUUGACACCCUCGGUUUGACGCAAAUGAGUUUGAGACAAACAAAGGUUGUGUCCCUUAUGUCACAUGAUAAAUGUUAUGGUCACAUGGCCUCAUCCACCAGUGGAAGGGUGCUGUGAGGUCAAACUUUACAGAAACAAACAAAAUGUUUUUUACAACCGACACUGACCUUUUUGUAGGUGUAACAGACGGUACAUUUCACAGGUAGUUUGUUUUUGAUUUGGUGAAAUCCGAUCCUUUUUGUAAGGAAAUGGACGGUGAUGCAUGACAGGAGACAGAAUUUGACUGUCAUUCGAGUGUUGCCUACAACUAGACAGUCUGGCUGUUUGUCUCAUUUUUACACCCAUAUGUGCCGUCUCUUGUCUUUCAUUAUCAUCUGAUUUUUAUUUUAAAGGGGGUCAUGUUUUACAAAAUUGACAUGUUUUAUUUAAAAAAAGACUUUAAUAAAUGAGGUCAUAAACCUCAUUAUGAUGAAUAUUUUAGUUGAUGCCUCUUUAUUUUAAAUCACUUAGGUAGCAGGGUGCAAAGUGUUCAAAGACGGGGAAAAGUUUUACUGGGGACUUUUUUAAAUGUUUAUUUAUGGCGCUGCAAAAAGUUUGACAAGUCAUUUUAUGAGGAAGUUUAUAAGUUUUUAUUAUUUUCUAGGCAAUUUAAUCCAAUAUUGCUCGAAUUCUUUGCAAGUUUCUGUUCAAUUGAAAGCUAAUAUUUAACCAGUUUAAAUACUUUCUUACAAUUUUCAGCUGUUUUUAGGCUCACUCUAAACACCUAUAGUUGUUUAUAUAGGUGUUUAGCCUUGGAUAUUUUUAUGUGGAAAACCUGGCCAUUGUAUUUAGUAAAAGUGUUUUUAACUUGUUGACUUUUAGAAUAGAGUUAAGUCUGUAAGAAUUAUAUAAAUGACUGCCUCUGCA